AUGUGUUGCCGAAUGUUACCAAGCGACUGCAAGCAUAGACAACCAACCGGUAAACAACUGCCUUUCGCAAUGGCCACCAACUCCCCAUUCUAUACCUACGUUAGCCCUGGCGAGGGUUACGAAGACGCCCCUCCAUUGCCUAACGAGCUUGACGAAGAUGGGAAAAGCUUGAAGAACCCGCUACGAGAGGGCCUGAGCAAGGCUUACGAGAUUUUUCCGGUCCCUUUGGACAAUGGACACAGAGGAGGCUUCGAUGUCCAUAUUUAUCAUUUUCAAAACAACCCUGAGCAAGUCAAAUAUGCCAAAAAUCUCUGGGAGCGCAUUCGACGAGAGUUCCCUGAACUGAGAAUUUAUCGAUUUUGGGAGAAGCCAGUUGGUCCACAUCCCGUGGCCAUGUUCGAAGUCAAUCUUUUUACGCCGGCCCAGUUCGGCGCCUUCGUUCCGUGGCUGGCCAUCUACCGAGGCCCCUUGUCCGUCCUCAUUCACCCCAAUACGACCGAGGAGGGAUUUGACCACAACGCUACUGAGCUGCGCAACCACACCCAGAGAGCUAUCUGGAUGGGCGAGAGGCUGCCAUUGGACACGUCAAUUUUCUACCGCACCUAG